AAUAUGUAAAAAAAUAUGGCGGCCGCGAUCGCAUAGCGAUUCAUUUCACGAUUGUCAAUAAUUUGUCAAAUAAAGUUUCGUAGAUUGACUGUUCCAUUGUUCUUGUAUUCCAAAAAUCUAAUAGUUCUGUUCUUAGUUCUUUUUAUUCGGUUUUUAUUUUCAUAAAUAAGUUAAUAUUAGGUCACUAGGAUUAACUACCUAUUGUGCAGAAUAGUUUCUACAGGCCUUUACGAUGUCUUGGAGAGGAAGGGAAGAACGCUCCCGCUGGGGUGAAAAUCGAACGCGUUCGCCAGUGUGGGAAGAUCGUCGCAGCGGCAGUCCAGCUCGAAGUAUGCCACCGUCGCCGCGCGAUCGCAGAGAUCGUGAUCGGCGCGAUCGACAAGACCGUUACGAGCGCGAUAGGGAGCACCGUGAUAGGGAUCGCGAACGUGAAAUGGACCGAUCAAGCCGCCGUGAUCGGUACGAUAAGCCCCGGGAACGUGACCGCGACAGGCGGCGCUCGCCGCGUCGUUACGAUGACGACGACGUUCCUGCACCGCCUUCUCCACCUAAAAUCAGUGGAGAUUCUAUUAGGAGAUGUAAUUCUCAGUCUAGGAGUCGCUCCAACAGCCGCGAGCGACAAGACACAGACAGCUAUGAUAGCAAAUACGACAAGGAAAAGCAUGACGACGGCCAAGUGGUGAAUGCAUCUCCUGGUGAUUGGUUCUGUAAGUGUGGAUCGUAUAACUUCAAGAGACGGCAGAUUUGCUACAGGCGAAACUGCCUGGGGAAAAGAACUGAUGGGGUAGUGUAUGGUGGUGAUUCAGAGAGAGGUGGUCCUGAUUCAGGAAUAACAAAACGGUUGUUAUUUAGGAGGCUUGACGCUCUAACAACUGAAGAGAAGAUCUUGGAAGCAAUAAAAGACAGGUGUUCAAAAGCAGUUCUAAACUCUAUUGUGGGUAUAACCAUAGGCCGUGAGACUUUGACUGGUGCCUCGAAAUGUUUGGCUUAUAUUAACUUUAAUUCUAUUGCUGACUCAACGGCUGCACAUUCUGAAUUGAUUUCCCUAAAACCACCAUUGACAAUAGAUUCUAGAGAUGUUCUUAUUUCAUUUUAUAAUGAACCACAAAAAAUUCAGAAGCCUAUAAAUUCUAAUUCUACUGACUAUUCUGCAUAUUAUUCUCAAAUGGCUAACUAUGGAUCAUCCCAAUCAUUAUCAGAGGCUGACAGAGUGAAUGCGGCUGCUGCAGUUGCCCAGUCAGCAAUAUCUGCCGCCCAAGCACGUAGCAUGUCUUGGACGCCAGUAUCAGUUCCUGUAUUUGUUCCAUCAUCAACAUCACAGGUUUCUACAGUAACCAAUAUUCCAACCGGUGACAGUAAGACAGUAUACUCUGCUCCAGAUGUAAGGACAUUUAUGUAUGAUGAGACAUCAGGUUACUACUAUGAUCCAGCAACAGGCUUAUAUUAUGAUGGCAAUACACAAUACUUUUUCAACAAUCAAACAAACCAGUAUAUGUACUGGGAUGCCAGUAGCUCGACAUACAUUGCUGCAUCACAAACUCAAACCAACACAGAUCAACCUAAACUGCAGAACCCUCCUCAGCCAAGUGUAGAUAAUACAAUAGUCAAAGAACCUGAAGAAAAGAAAAAGAAAGAUAAAGAUGAUAAAGUAAAAGUUGCUAAAAAGAUAGCCAAAGAUAUGGAGAGGUGGGCACGAACAUUAAAUCAAAAGAAAGAAAAUGCCCGGAGCAACUUUGUAAUGGAACAACCCACUGACACUGGGCCUAGCAAAGGUUCUGCAGAUAUUGGUUUCUCUGUGCUGGGUGCUGGGCCGUCCUUGACAAUGGUAAGAGAACUCUCGCCUCCACCAACUUUGCCAAGUGAUGAAUUCCUUAUGAAAAAGACAGAUACAGGUGUGUUUGACAGUGAUGAUGGUAUAAUAGAUUGGUCAAAACUGACUUGCUUGAUUUGUAAACGUAAAUUCCCUUCAGUUGAUGUACUAUCCAAGCACAAAACAUUGUCUGACUUGCAUAAACAAAACCUAGCAGAAUUCAGGAAAAGGAAUGAAUUGAUGCCACCUACAAAUGGAUAUAGGGAUAGGGCAGCUGAAAGACGAAUGAAGUUUGGUGAGGAUGACCCACCACCAACCAGAAAGCGUUAUGAUCCACCAGAGGUGCAUGCACCAGUUGUGUCUGCUCCGCCCCCAUCAGUAGUAGAUACAAUAGGAGGUAAAAUGUUGCAAAAAAUGGGUUGGUCACAGGGAAGAGGGUUAGGGAAAGAAGAACAAGGAAGAAUUGCUCCUAUUGAAGCUGAACAGAGACCAAGCUUGGCCGGUUUGGGCCAAAAAAGAGGCAUAUACACGCCUACUCCUGGGUUGACAUACAGAGAUACAGUGAAAAAACUCAUGAUUGCAAGAUACAAGGAGGUGGUUGGACAAGAAGAUUGAUUUAGAGGUGGGUACUGAUUUGUAUUUUUCCUGCUAACUUUUGUUUGUUGCAGGUUCAAGGGCUUUUGGUCAGUAUACUCAAAAUAAAUCUAUAAUUAGAAGAGAGAAAACUUUUUUUAAUAAUUAUUUUGUUACAUUUUAAUUUUUUCAUAGCAAUUUUAUUGUUUAUAAUUUUUAUUUCUUACUAACUAUCUUGCAAUAAUUACAUUUAGAUCUUCAUUUGAAUGAAUUUACAUCUUUGAAAAGUUAUAGGGGUUUUUAUUGUACUAUUUAUGUGUGUAAAAUCUGUUUGGUUGGAAAUUAGAACUGUGUUUUCAUGAAGAAAUAAACAAGUAUUUUCUGGGCAUGAUGGAGGUCCUAGAUGUGGUCUUAUGGGAAAAAUGGUUUCAUUACUGAUUUAAAUGGGUUACACAUUAUCUAAUGGUUUGAUUCUGUGUUACUAUGCUAGAUUUGGCGCCACAAUGCAACAGAGCCUGCGCUAUUGAUGUGCCUGUUUUGCAAUUGGUAAGUUCUUCAGGAGCUUUUUCACAUUUAUAAUUACCAUCUUCCUCCUACAGUUUAUUCAGGUAAGUAAAAGUGCAUCAAUGGAUAAAAGGAUCAGAAUGCAGUUGGAUUCCAGAUCAUUUUUGUUUUAUUACAAUCAUUAUUCUUUUACAGAGGCUGAUAUAUUAUAUUGUGUAAAUAUCAUAUUAUAUACAUCUAUGAUUAUGUCCAUUUUGUUACCUAUCUACCUACCAACUAUAUUUGUGUUAGGUAAAAUUUACAAUUUCAUGUCUACAAUAAUUCUUGUAAGUAGAUUGGUUACAAAAUUGAGACUAUUAUACACAAAGAUAACUCAGAAUAAUAACUUUUUGGUAAAUAUUGAAAUCUUAUAAUUUUAUAUUUGUUAUUAAAAAAAAAUCUUUUGUGGAUUAAACACAUCAGGUAUACUAAACAUUUAUUAACACAAAGUGCAGCUUUAAUAAUGUAUUCUUCAAAUGGAACUUUUCACAACAAAACUUUGAUUUUUCAUGGAAGAAUAUUUUAUUUGUCUGAAAAUUUAUUAUUUAUAAAAACUAAUGUAUCAAUCUUUAUUGGCAAGACAAGCUGAGUAAACAUUGGCUUCCAAGAUUCAGCUCGGCAUAAUAAAUUAUGCCAUCAAGCUCUGCAGCAAUCUACAUUAUAAGGACAUUUAGAGACUGAAAAAUAAUGAACUGUGAUACACCUGUGAUAUACUGUGACAUGUGAAGAAACGGUGAAUGUGAACAAUUGAGUAAAUUUUACAUUACUGAUGAUUGUGACUAUUUAUAUUACAGAACCGGUCUGCUGCGAGACUCCGUGCCAAAACAAAGUUAAAAAAUACUUUUAAGAUUAUUCUUUUGCAUGUAUUUAUUGCAGUUAAUUGUUCUAUGAAUUACAAUUUAUGUUUGUAAUUACAAAUAGUAUUUAAUGUAGUAUCUCUACAUGUUAAUUCGCUUUAGGUGAAAAUGUAGAUAGGCAAAAUGAAUUUUUAUUAUUAUUGAAUAGGUUUGUUCAGAGCAAUAAGUAAAUUAAUUACUACAUAAUAGUAACUUAUAGCUGUUGGUUUUAUUAUAUGUAUAUUUUAUUUAAAGGUAAUAAAUAUGUACCUUAAUAUAAACAAAUGCCAACAAGAGCUUAAAAUAAAUUGUUAAUUAGGUAUGUACUUAUGUAUACAUAAUGCAACGAAACUGAUGUUGUCAAUUAUAAAUGCAUUAAAAUUCAUGUAAGUACUAUUUAAUAAAGCCAGCAUAAUAUGUUAUGAUACUAGGAACCUAUUAGAGAAUUGCUUAAUUUUUUAGCAAUUUUUUAGAUUUACCUACCUUUGAAAAAAUUGUUUUCAUAAAGAAGUAAUUUAAUUUUGCUUAAACAGUACAGUUAAAAUUAAAAUUUCCCCAAGAAAAGUAUUUAGGGAUGUAGGUAAUGUAAUCCAUUUAUUGAAUUUUCUUAAUUAAAUUAUAAUAAUAUUUAGAAUAUGAUUAUUACUGGUUACAAUCUAAGUAGUUUAUAAUAUUUUGCCCUUUGGAAAGCUAUAGAGGCGUUAGGAAGAUAUGAAAAUGAUUUCUUAAUAAAAUGCAAGAUGUAUUAUACAAGUAGGCAAUGAAUUUUCUAUUACAAAACGUUAGGACCUCAUUAUAUACUUUGUGCCUUUGCCUAGGCGUGUUUAUGUAUAUUGUGUGUAUAUAGUUUUUCCAAAUAAAUCUUACUAAGGUAUAUUGUUA